GUGAAAGCGAGUACCAAAGAAGAAAAACGUCGUUACAACUCGGCCUUGGAACGCCGCACCAAUCGACUCAAGGCUAAGAAUGUCAAGGAUGCGUUGGUGGACGCUAUAGCGGUGUACCAACAAGCGUAUGUGGACUUAUGGAUUGUAUUUUAA